CUGUUUUGCAGCUAACUGGAAUCAUUAUUCAAGCUGCCAAACGGCUCCAGGUCAACGUGUUUGUUGAGAAAAUGUCCUCCUUCAGUCAAACAGGAAACGUGAGGACAGUGAUCCUUCCCGUGGUUUAUCUCAAUGAGAGCGUUGUCAUUGACGAUGCGUCGGCGGCGAAGCUGAGGAAGAUAAUCGUGGAGCAGGGCGUGGUGGAGAACAUCCCCUUCAUGCUGAUCGGCAUUGCUAUCAUUAUGGGAGGAAUCUUCAUGUUCCUGAUGUGUCGGCAGAACGUCCCCGAGAGCACCACAGCUGAACGGCAGCCCCUGCUCUCGUCAUAGCACCAAACCGUACGUUUAAAGAAGGAGGAUUGCCAUAUUUGCAUAAUAAUUCACGUGUUAAAUGGAGCUGCAAUUCCUACCAGUAACCCCAGAGUAAUAGUUCAAUUAAUGACCAAAAUUACAUCUUUUUAUCCAGCUUUUUAAUCCAAUGUUUUUAGGAAAACAAAGUGAAGAGGUUUGUUACAGGGAUGAGGUUAAUGUCUCCCUUACAAGGAAGUUGUAUUGAUGAUCAAAUCCCUUUUUUUUAAUGAAAUCUUAAAGAUUGUCUUUUAUACCUUUUUAAUUAUGGGCUCUGAAAUGAUCAAACCCCCAGGAAUUGUGUGUGUGUGUGUGUGUGUGUGUGUGUGUGUGUGUGUGUGUGUGUGUGUGUGUGUGUGUGUGUGUGUUUAUGAAAUAGGCCUGUUUUCAGCCUGCUCUAGUGAGAUUGUUGAAGCAUCAGUAUAGGAAGAAAGUUAGCAACGCUGUUUUAAUGCAAGAGACACAUCCUUCUUUUUUUUAACACCAACAUUUCACUUUUCCGUAUUAUCUCUAAGUGAAUGACAAGGUCAAGCUGUGCAAAACGACUGCUGGCAUAAUGUUUUAUUCUUGAUGUCAUGAAUAUAAAGUCAUCUCGGCUUGUACUCUUAGUCUGUUGUAACUUUAAAUGGAAAUCCACUUAAUCCCAAUAUAUGCAAAUAUCGUAAUGUGUAUUACUUCAACAAAAGCAGUAUAAAGGGUACUUGUAUGUCUUGUGCAAGGUACAAUGUCUUGUCCCAUGAUGGUGUAAAGUACCCUGUUAUAUUUGAUGUCUCCAUGAGUUCUCCUACUGAUAUACCAGCUGCUACUGACACUGCAAAAGAGAAAGUUAUGUAUUUCUUUUUAACCACCACGAAUUGUCCAUAAAUGAUAUGGUUCAAUUUUGCACUUCUAAAUAACAUUAUUGGAUCAGAUUAUUGUUACUUUAUUUAGGAUCUGGGUAAAAAAAUACAUGUUUUUCUUUAUUUUCUUUGGCAACAGCCUAUUGGAUUUAAAUGAAAUAGAUUUUGUGUCCAGAACUAAGUACUGUAGAAUGUCAUUGUGUAAUUUGCUAUAUGAAUAACCACUAUUUCACACACAUAACUGACAGGCUCACUUGUUUUAAUGUUGUUGUGGUCUUGGUUUCACAUGUUACAGAUUAUUGUUUACACUACUACCCAUACAAAGUAAUAAUCAAUAUGUAAUCACCGUUUACAUAAUAGGUCAAUAGGUCAAAUAUCUAACAAGCUGAACAUUGUCUUGCCAUUUGCCGCAACCUUUAAUAAACCUGCUGUGCUUCAAACCCUC